UUGGGCAGAGGCGAGGGGAAGUCGGUGGAACCGGCCUUUCCCCGAGGGAACGGAGGUCCGCUACUCGACGAUUCAAAUGAAUCAACUGCGCCAGCACAGUGGAGUCUGGGGGUCUCCCGCACAUAGGAGACGGUAUUUGAGCGAGUGACCAAAAAAGGAAGAAUGAAAAACACCAGAGAACCAAUACGUCAGGACUGGCUGAUUCUUAAUUCGUAGGAACGAUCGCAAAUGGUAGGUAGCGAAGGUGAUGACGAGGGGUGAAUUCGCGAUGAUGUUGUUUUCUUCGUUUCUUGUAGGGUUGGGGUUGUUUGUUUGUUUGGUAAGAAUUCGCUUCAGCGAACGAAGCCGACCAUGGAGGCGCAGCGACUGCAGUAAUAGGAAUUCAUUCCGAAGCGAACCACUCCCGGAGAGGACUCAUUUUCCAGACACAGCGAGCGCUGACAUCGCGAGCAGCGGACGAUGUCGAACGACAUGGCGUCGGGCGAGGAAUCCGGCGAUGGAUGGGAGGAAACACCCUUGGUGGUGUUGGGUUGUGGCUGGACUUGGAGCGAGGGAGAGCUCAUGGUGUCGACAAUGGGAGAGAUCGAAACCACUUCGCGCGGCAACCCAGGUCGCCGUUCAAAUAGUGCGACCAGGUCGAUUUGGAGGUGUGGUCUGAUUCUGAAAUUUUCCGGAUCGCAGGUGCGUUGAUGCCGAAUGUCGAUAGGAGGAAGAGAAACGGGAGGAAAAUCGAGGAAGGAAAAUAUCGAGCCAAAAGUAUAACCGACGACUGAAACAGGUA